GACCAAUGAAGAAGUUUGACGAAUUGGAUUUGUGAGAAAAUGGAAGGCAGCAUUCUGGAGACGAUCGGAGUCGAGAUCAUCGACGUUAUUUCCCCAGUCUCGAUCUGCAUGCUCCUCGUCGUUCUCUUGGUCUAUUCUCUCACUUCAUCUUCCCUCUCCGGCGAACCCUCUCCCCAACCGAUCCGCACGGCUGCCAAUCUCGUAUACCUUGAAAACCCCACGGAUUCAACCGCCCAGAAGUUCGAAGGCUCGCUUCUCAACGCUCUCGUCUUUGUCAUCCUCAUCGCCGUUGUCACUUUUCUCCUCGUCUGCCUCUAUUACUACAAUUUCACAAAUUUCCUCAAGAAUUACAUGCGCUUCUCUGCCUUCUUCGUGCUAGGAACAAUGGGGGGUUCGAUAUUUCUUUCAAUAAUACAGCAUUUCUCCAUCCCAAUUGACUCUAUUACUUGUUUUAUACUGCUAUCCAACUUCACUGUCGUGGGUGUGCUUUCUGUUUUCUCUACUGGAAUACCGAUUAUCUUAAGGCAGACAUAUAUGGUUGCUUUGGGGAUAAUUGUGGCCGCUUGGUUCACUAACUUACCUGAAUGGACUACUUGGUUUUUGCUAGUUGCUUUAGCUUUGUAUGAUCUUGUAGCUGUUUUAGCUCCUGGAGGACCUCUCAAGCUCUUGGUGGAAAUGGCAUCCAACAGGGAUGAGGAGCUUCCAGCACUUGUUUACGAGGCCCGACCUACAGUGUCUAGAAAUCAAGGGAGAUCUGGAUCAGGACUUGGACUUUUGGUUGCUGGGGUUUCUGAUUCUGAGAUUCAAGAACCAUCUAGGUCAAACAAUGAGAUUGAAUUGGUUGUUAGAGAAGAAAUUCAUGAAAGACAACCUGUAAUUGCUGUUGUGGAUGAAGAAAGAUCGCCACUAGUGGAAAUGUUGAACAUGGGCAAUGAUGAUGAUGAUGAUGAAGAAGAUGGAGAUAGUUCUUCUUUAACAAUAUCCACCAGAGGCAUAAAGCUAGGUCUUGGUGACUUCAUUUUCUACAGUGUUCUUGUGGGGAGAGCUGCUAUGUAUGACUUGAUGACAGUAUACGCUUGUUAUCUCGCUAUCAUUUGUGGGCUCGGCUGCACUCUCAUUUUAUUGGCUGUUUAUCGACAGGCCUUGCCUGCUCUUCCUAUUUCCAUAACAUUGGGAAUCAUGUUUUAUUUCUUGACUAGGUUGCUUAUGGAGCCUUUUGUGGUUGGAACUUCUACAAAUUUGUUAAUGUUCUAGACCAAUUUGAACCAGAAUCAGCAAGAGGCAUUUGAGAAAGACACUCUACAGGUUCUUGGGACUGUUGAAUACUAUUAUUAAUAUUCUAAUUUGCAGGCAGUGGUAGUGCAGAUGUUUCAUACCUUAUUUGUGUGCAGAUGUAGAAAUGUUAUAUUAUAUGAUUAUGGUGCAUUUGAAUCCUUUGAUUGAC